CGUUUGCUUUCGCAUCCCUCGCUCUAACUUGAAUUGAUCGAGGUGACGUAAGAACCCUAAUUUUGGAUCCAAGAAUCCGGAACCUCCCCAAUGGAAAGUAAUCUCGCCGGAGACUCAAUUCCGGGACCCAAAUGGAGGAAAGUAGCCUACGGAGGAAUGCAAAUCGGAUACGACGACAAUUACACAGACGAAUCGUUCCUCGAGGAAAUGGUGAUGAACGCAAACGUAGUGAGACGUGAUUUGCUCAAGGUGAUGAAAGACUCUGUCUCAAUCUCCCAAUACCUCUGCAUCGUCGCGCUUGUAGUCUUGGUUUGGGUUCACACUCUUGAAUCAUCUUUGGACGAGAACUCGCUUUUGCUACUUGAUCUCUCUCUCUUAGCAUCAGGAUUCUUAAUUCUCCUCUUAACCGAAGAAAAAAUGUUAUCUUUGAGUCUCCUCUUGCGUUACCUCGUCAACAUCUCCUUCUUCACCACGGGACUUUAUAUCUUAGCUCCGAUUUACCAGACUCUCACGCGAUCUAUCAGCUCAGAUUCGAUAUGGGCAGUCACUGUUUCACUCCUCUUGCUUCAUCUCUUCUUGCAUGAUUACUCUGGUUCCACCAUUAGAGCUCCAGGAGCACUCAAAACUCCGAAUUUGACAAGCUGCAUAUCUGUCAAUGCUUCAAUUGUAGCAUCAGUCUUUGUUGCUUCACGUCUUCCUUCUAGGCUCCAUGUCUUUGCUGUGAUGCUAUUCUCACUUCAAGUCUUUCUCUUUGCGCCUCUUGUUACUUACUGCAUCAAGAAAUUCAACUUUGGGUUGCAUCUUCUCUUCUCCUUUGCUCUAAUGGGUUUGACGCUUUACUCUAUUUAUGCAUUGCAUAGACUCUUCUUCCUUGUCUUUCUUUCUCUUGUGCUUCUUGUCAAUGUUGUGUGUCCUUAUUGGCUCAUUAGGAUGCAAGAGUAUAAGUUUGAGAUUAAUGGUCCUUGGGAUGAAGCCAAGCUUUGUUUCGACAUUACAGAUUGA